UGUGGCAUCCACACCAUGGCCUCCGUCUCAGAGCUCGCCUGCAUCUAUUCUGCCCUCAUCCUGCACGACGAUGAGGUGAAGGUCAUGGAGGAUGAGAUCAAUGCCCUCAUUAAAGCAGCAGGUGUGAAUGUUGAGCCAUUCUGGCCAGGCUUGUUUGCAAAGGCUCUGGCCAGUGUCAACAUCGGAAGCCUCAUCUGCAAUGUGGGGGCUGAGGGACCUGCCCCAGCAGCUGGGGCUGCACCAGCAGGAGGUCCCGCCCCAGCCACCGCUGCUGCCCCAGCUGAGGAGAAGGAAGUAGAAGCGAAGAAAGAAGAAUCUGAGGAGUCUGAUGAUGAUAUGGGCUUUGGUCUUUUUGACUAAACUUCUAUAACACAU